GAGUGUGUGUGUGUGUGUGUGUGUGUGUGUGUGUGUGUGUGUGUGUGUGUGCUGCUCCGAGACUGUGGAAGAAAGAACGAGGCUCCCACCACAGCAAUGAUCUCAUAAAGCGCGAGCUGGGGACCCAGGUGACCCGAACGCGCGCGCACACAGGUGACAGCUGCAGGCGAUGGCUGCUCCAGCAGAAACCGACAGGAUGACCUCUGAGCUCCAGACCAGGACAGCACUGCAGAAGCAGGAUGAGCAGACGCAGCAGCCUGAGAAAAGCUCACCUGCUCCCUCAGGUCAGGGUGCGAUGCUGGUGGUGUGUGCCGUGUCCGUGGCGUCCCUCAGCGGUCUGAUGCUGGGAUAUGAGCUGGGUCUGAUCUCUGGAGCUCUGCUGCAGCUCAGGGAGGUUCUGGCUCUGUCGUGCCCGCAGCAGGAGCAGGCCGUGGGGGCUCUUCUGCUGGGAGCGUUCCUCCUGUCGGUGGUCGGCGGCUCUAUCGUGGAUCGUUACGGCCGCCGCUUCUCAAUCAUCUUUACAGCGGUGCUGUGCGCCUGUGGAACGCUGCUGAGCGUGUGCGUGACGUCCUUCUGGGCGCUGCUGGUCGGCCGGACGUUCGUCGGGAUGGCCGUUGCUCUCUCGGGCACAGCCUCUUGCCUUUAUGUAGCGGAGGUGGCACCUGCAGCCUGGCGUGGGAGGUGCGUGUGCGUAUAUGAACUGAUGGUGGUCCUGGGAGUGCUGCUGGGGUUCGGGCUGAGCUGGGCGUUUGCAGGCGUAGAGGGUGGCUGGAGGUUCACCUUGAGUGCGGUGUUGGUACCUGCAUUUCUUCAGAUCUGUGUAAUGCCGCUGCUUCCCCAGAGCCCUCGAUUUCUGAUCACCCAGAGGAGAGAGAAAGAAGCCUGGGCCACAUUGGCUCGCCUUCGAGGAGCUACCAAUGCUGACAUUGUUGAGGAAGAACUGCGGACUAUCAGGGUCGCUCUGGGGGCUGAAAAUCAGCAGGGAUUUCUAGACCUCUUCCGCUCACGUGACAACAUGCGCAGGAGGCUAUGCGUGGGUUUGGCUUUGGUGUUUCUUCAGCAGGCAACAGGACAGCCCAACUUGCUAGCCUACGCCUCUACAGUGCUUCGCAGCGUGGGCUUCCAUUCCAACGAGGCGGCAACCCUGGCCUCUACUGGGUUGGGUUUGGUUAAAGUUGGCGGGACCAUUCCUGCGAUACUAUUGGUGGACAGAGUUGGGCCUAAAGCCUUCCUGUGCCUGGGAGCCGUGGUAAUGACGCUGUCUACGGCAACGCUAGGUGCCGUCACCUUGCACAGCCAAACCCACGUCUCCAGCUUGUGCCAAAGCCCAGUCCAACUCAACAAUACCUCAAUGGUCAAAGGGUUCGAGAGUGACUUUCACACAGACCUGCCUCAGGGCUUGUAUCAUCAUGCACACCUUCAGUCCAAACUGAAUAACUCACACAGUAGAACAAGCCCCGUCCCUUCAAUUCCCUUCAACAACACUCAGGUACACCAGGGAUUCAACUCUACAAAGGACCGUAGUGUAGUAGUGAGGAACUUUGAGAUACCAGCAGAGCAUGUUGGGACUGUAGGAGCUGAAAUUGCACUAGAAUCCAUGUCAGUGGGUGAGGUUUCCCCCUCGCUGAAGUGGAUCUCCCUGGUCAGUCUUCUAGUCUACGUGGCUGGAUUCUCCUUCGGCCUGGGACCAAUGGUCUAUGUAGUUCUGAGUGAGAUUUUUCCCACUGGGAUCAGAGGAAAAGCUGUUUCUGUGGUUUCUGCCUUUAACUGGGCCAUGAAUCUGCUCAUAUCCAUGACCUUCCUCUCACUAACAGAGAGGAUUGGGCUGCCCAGUGUGAUCUUCUCAUACGCUGCUAUGAGCUUCCUGCUGCUGAUGUUCGUGAUGGUGUUUGUGCCAGAAACAAAGGGACGAUCGCUGGAGCAGAUCUCCAAAGAGCUCGCCAUGAAGAACCACUUAGACGGCACAUUUUUUUGCCACCCGUGGCGAAAGAAGCCCAAAUCUGACCCAACCCAGGAGGAGAAGUCCCUAUCAGCGGUCUGACCCUGCACUCAAGAAAGAGAGAGAGUGAGAGAGAGAGAGAGAGAGAGAGAGAGAGAGAGUGAGGGAGAGAUGUUGAUUGUUAGAGAUUGGAGAGAUUGGAGAGAGUAUUAUCUGUUUCUGACACAUGAACUGAGAUACAGCACAGAAAUGAGUUUAAUAUGCAAGUGUUUGUUGUCUUAAUCUUUUUUAAGCACCUUGAUUGUUUAAAAAUGAAUGCUAUGGAAAUGUGUAGAGUAGUUUUGGUACGGAUGCAGAUUUUAAGACAUCUGUAAAGCCUGGAUUUAAAAAAAAGAGAGAUUUUUGUCUUUUACUAUGUCUUUUAAGUUUUAAGAUUGUUUUUCAAUACACUUUUUAAAUUCU